AGAGACAUGAGAAAGAGAACGUGACAACACACGAGCUGGACGGUUUCUUGUUAAGACAAACCACGACCGUCCCUUUCCCUCCUCAUCCCCUCUCUCUCUCAUCUCUUCCUCUCCGUUUUAGUCAAUCGAUCAAAAACUCUCCCAGAUGUCCUUUCCUUCUUCUUCUUGAAGAUUUUGAUUUCCCUUUCUUAUUCCCAUGGCUUCUUCCGGAUCUUACUGGUGCUACAGCUGCAGCCGCUUCGUCUGGGUCUCCGACUCCAUCUCCUGCCCCGACUGCGACGGAGGCUUCCUCGAACACAUCCAACAAACCCUCGAUUUCACACCUCCCUCCUCCUUCCUCCGCCACCACCGCAGCCCCACGCGCUUCCCUCCCCCUUCCUCCUCCUCCUCCACCAUGCACACGGCGGAGAACAGCCCCACUCCUCCUCCCACCGUCACUCGCACAAGAAGCAAUUCAAGCAACCGAUCUCCCAACCCCGUCAUCGUCCUCCGCGGCGGAUCUAAUCCCUCCGAAUCCGCUUUCCAGAUGUACUACGACGACGGCACGGACUCAGGCCUCAGACCGUUGCCUCCGAGCAUGACGGAGUUUCUCUUAGGCUCCGGAUUCGACCGGCUGUUAGAUCAGAUCUCUCAGAUCGAACUCACAGCCAACAACAACAACAAUAACUCAUGUGAUAACCCACCCGCUUCUAAAUCCGCCGUCGAGGCUUUGCCCCUGAUCGAGAUCGACCCGACCCAUCUCGAAUCGGAUUCUCAAUCUCACUGCGCCGUCUGUAAAGAAAACUUCGCGUUGAAAUCCGCCGCCCGGGAGAUGCCGUGCAACCAUAUCUACCACCCCGAUUGCAUCCUCCCCUGGCUCGCGAUUCGAAACUCGUGUCCGGUGUGCCGCCACGAGCUUCCGUCGGGGGAUGACGGCGGCGGCGGUGGAGCGGUGGCUAAUGAAGAGGAGGAGGAUUCCGCGGCGGGGCUGACGAUUUGGAGGCUGCCGGGCGGAGGAUUCGCGGUGGGGAGGAUCCCCGGAGGAUUGAGAGGAGGAGAUAGAAUGAUGCCGGUGGUGUACACGGAGGUCGACGGGGGGAGGCUCGGCGACGAGAGGCUUCCGAGGAGAGUAGCGUGGGGUUCGAGAAGGGGAGGGAGAGAAGGAGGUGGUGGUAGUAGAGAGAGAUCCGGCGGGUUUGCGGGUCGGAUUAUGAGACUUUUCGGAUGUUUCAGCGGGUCGUCUGGAUCCAUAGCUGCUGCGUCAGGGUCCGGGUCGAGAUCAACCCGGAGGAGCAGCUCGUCGUUUUCUAUGUUCAGGACUGCUUCGUCAAGGAGACGACGUUAGCUCUAUUGCUUAAUUUAUCUUAAGGUAAAGAAACAAAACAUUAAAAGUCAAAACCCUCUUGUUUAAAUUUUUCCCAUUUUUUUGUGUUCUUCAGUGUAAUAAUGAUUAUAUUCUUUAAUCUAUGCCAGUAAAUUGAUACAUAAAGCUUUUA